AUGUCUUCUAAUAGGCAGGCAACUGAAGUUGCUGCUAGAAAUCUGCGAAGAGAGGCGUAUGUUGUGUCAAUAGGAAUUGGAUCAGAAGUGUCUCACAAGGAGCUGCAGAAGAUCGCAUCACCACCGGACUCCUACAGUUUGUCAUACGUUUACUCUGUAGAGAACUUCGAUGCACUCAAUACGCUCAUUGGUCGGCUUAUAGACGCGACGUGUGAGAAAUGUGGUGUGAGCAGCGUGUCCGACAUCGUUGGAGUCAUUGAUAAUUUAUCUGAAUCAGCGAUGAAUCGAGAAGAGUUUCAGGCGGCGUUGAAUAGUUUGACAUUUAUAGUUCAACACCUACGGGCGUAUGGUCAACCAAACGGACAAAAAUUUGCGAUUGAAAUAAUUGGUGAUUACGACAAUAAACAUGUUCGAUUUGCUAAUGCAACUGAUUUAAACGAUGUUUUGUUUAAAAUCCAAAUUAUUCGGCAACAACCGCUUUCAUGUGAAAAAGAAAAGUGUGUGAACCAAUAUCCAAGAAGGAAUAUCGCGUCCGCUAUUAAAGAAAUUAUAACCGAGUUUAACCAGUUAAUAGAAGGUCGUGUUGGCGCAAGGAAGAUCGUGCUCGUAUUUUCCUCAGGGAGAUUUAACAACAAGACUGAUAUAACGUCAGACAUGCAUGGGUUAUACAAUGAAUCGAUCGUCGAUGUGAACGCCAUUGGUUCAGGGUAUGACUAG